GCGUUUUAGUUGGAGUUUUGCCUUCCAUCGGCUCGGUUGUAUCUUUUCUGGAGCACCUAUUUUAGAAGAGCUCUUUCUCUUUUGCCAACUGCAGUAAUAUACAAUUUUAGUCAUCUGCAAGGUGGUUCGACAAGAAAUUAUUUGAAACAGGAAAAAUGGGCCAAGCAAAGAAAGUCUCCUCCGCCCUGAGCAAGCUCUUUGUGUACGGCGCCCUCAAGUACGGACAGCCCAGUAACUCUAUCCUCGCUAGCUCUGGCAAUGGAUAUGCCAAGUUCUGGUGUAAGGCCACCACCACCCAGAAGCUGCCACUUGUUAUCGCCACCCGCUAUAACAUUCCUUUCCUGCUGAACAAGCCCGGCGUGGGAUAUUACGUAACGGGAGAGAUCUACGAGGUAGAUGACCGCAUGCUAAAUUCCCUGGACAACUUGGAAGACUGCGAAGAGAUCUAUACGCGCGAAAAGCAUGACAUGAACAUCGGCGUGGGAGAAGGAACUGUGCCGUGCUGGGUGUACCUCCUUCAAAAGUAUCCGGAGAAUCUGCUUAGCCUCCGAUACUUGUCGAGCUACGAGAACUCCACGACCCAUCCCUACAUAAUGCGCCACCGCCGCACCCACAAGCACCCGGCCCAGGACGAUCUCACCUACGAGGCCCAGAAUUAAUAAUCAAAGCUGUUGUUCAGCUCCGGUUUUUAAAGUGCCCGGCCACAAAUUCUUAUGUUACCGUAGUUGCAUUUCUAGACCGUACCUGCAGACGCAGAUGUACUGAUCGAUAUAUGUAUGUAUAUGUAUAUACCCGCGUAUAUAGCCAAAUGAUAUACACAGAUACAUAUGUAUGUAUCUCACGCAUUAUUUAGGUUUUAGCAAACAUAGUUUGUAAUUUCAUAAGCAAAGCAAAUACAAUGAAGCAAUUUCAAGUUA